AUGGAGCAUGCUUAUUAUAAUGCCUCUGGGAAGAACUGGUUUUUUAUUAAUACAGAUAUAGAUGUGGAUAUUGUGUGGGAUGAUUCUCAACAAAUUUCCUAUAAGCUUACUUUCCAACAGAUGAACAAGAUCAUGUUUGUCACCAUGGUCUAUGAAAAGUAUGAUGCAAUGGAAAGAUUAACUUUGUGGAAUAGUCUUUAUGUUCUAGCUGAUGGGAUGGUAGCUCCUUGGCUGAUAGGGGGUGAUUUUAAUGUGAUCUUGAAUGAGGAAAAGAAGAUUGGUGGACUACUAGUAUUUCCAUCUGAAUAUGAAGACAUUUCAUUUUGUAUUAACUCAUGUGAACUAAGUGAAGUAGGUUUUAAAGGAAGCCCUUUUACUUGGUGGAAUGGGAGAUCUGAUGGGCAGUGUAUCUUCAAAAGGCUUGAUAGAAUUCUAUAUAAUAAUUUGAUGCAGCAAUGGUAUGGUCUCAUUGAAGUGGACCAUCUUGCUAGGACUGAAGAGGAAAGGGAGGUAUUCUUAUCUUUUAAAAAGAAAGUGAAGAAAAUUAAAGUUGUUUUAUCAGCAUGGAGCAGGCAAGUGUUUGGGGCCAUAUUCAAGCAGUCGACUAUUAGAGAGGACAUUGUGAGAAUUGAAGAACAGUUGUUUGAAGAGUCUCCUACUGAAGUUAAUAGAAUGUUGUUACAAAGAGCUCAAGCUGAACUUAAGAGAUACUUGCACUAUGAAGAGGAAUUUUAG